AUAUAUGUGGUGCUAGUAACUCCUAUCUGUUCCAAUAAUCAAUCAACAUUCAUCCGAAACAAGACUUUGAAAAGCAAGUCUUGUACCGUGCCAAAUGCUAGCUGUUUCUUCAUAACUGCUUUGAUGUGAAAUGUGCUAUCUUUUUUUUUUUUUUAAUUUAUAUGUAUGUUUCUCAUCCAUUAAUUAAAUUGUGAGUGUUUUCUAUUUGCUAUCAGAAAACCAAAAAUGGCAUCAUCCAUAACCCUUGCCAUGGUGGCAGUGUUACUAAUACUAAUAAUACUUCCUUACAACAAAGUGUAUGGUGGUUAUGAACAACAACAAGAGUCGUGUUUUCGAAGGUGCGGUGUUCACAAUAUUACCCAUCCUUUCCGACUGAAAGACAGUCCCAAGCACUGUGGUGACAAAAGGUACACCCUAUCAUGUGAGCUCAACAACGAGUUGAUUUUGGACUAUGGAUCACACGGAAAAUACUAUGUACAAUCCAUUAAUUACGACAACUUCACCAUACGGCUAUUGGAUUUCAAUCUUCGUUAUUCUAAUUAUUCCACGGCUCCUUAUUAUCCAUUAGGCUUCUAUAAUUUCACUUCAAGGGACAACUAUCUAGAAAGCUUGCCGUACAGAGUGUAUGGGGAGAACUUAAGAUUAUUGGUAAAAACUGUGUUAUAUGUACGCUGUCCAAGUAGUGUCCAAGAUUCUUCUGAUAUCUACUUUAAUGACGGUACUGCCCCUGCCUGUCUCAAUAUUACCGGUUCGUAUGCGCAGCAAGGGAAUUCUUCCUAUGUCAAUUAUAUUGAAUCUGAACAUCGUCACAAUGUAUUUGGAGGUCACAAAGAUUUUUCUGAACUGGGAUUGAGAGACGGGUGUCGCAUAGAAUUGAUGUUUCUCACAUCUUGGCCUCUUAAAGAUAACACUCAUGGUGGUAGCAACAACAACAUUUCUUGUUCCGAUAUCAGUCUUAUGAUGUUUUAUGGAUUUGAACUUUCUUGGGUCACUAGUCUUUGUAAAGAUGGCGAGUAUGUAUUCGACAUUAAUAAUCACCGUAGCUGUGAAAUUCCAGGGGUUCUUCCUUUUUUGAUCUUGAUUUACAUAGGGGUUCUUCCUUUUUUGAUCUCGAUUUACAUAGGUAUGAUUAUUUGUUUUCUUGGCGGUAUUAAAAUGGUUUUUGGAAUGCCAUGCAUCAUUGUAUUACUAAUCUACAAAUGGCGACGAAAACAUUUAUCUAUGUAUGACAAAAUUGAAGAUUUUCUGCGAGGUGACAACAACAUCAUGCCUAUUAGGUAUUCUUAUAAAGAUAUAAAAAAGAUAACCCAGCAAUUCAAGACAAAACUAGGUAAUGGAGGUUAUGGAUCCGUUUUUAAAGGACAACUUCGAAGUGGUCGUCUUGUAGCAGUUAAAUUAUUAGAUAAUGCCAAGUCUAACGGUCAAGAUUUUGUUAAUGAAGUUGUUACCAUAGGUAGGAUUCACCAUGUUAAUGUUGUGCAACUCAUUGGUUUUUGUAUGGAUGGGUCAAAACGUGCUCUUAUAUACGAGUUCAUGCCAAAUGGAUCCCUUGAGAAAUAUAUACAUUCUCAUAUUGAAGAGAGACAUUCCUUGAGUUGUGAAAAAUUGUAUUUCAUUUCUCUUGGAGUGGCUAGAGGCAUUGAUUACUUGCAUAAUGGAUGCAAUAUGAAAAUUCUACACUUUGACAUAAAGCCUCAUAACAUACUUCUCGACGAAAAUUUCAAUCCAAAAGUUUCUGAUUUUGGAUUAGCUAGACUUUAUUCUACAGAUAAAAGUAUUGUGACAUUAACUGCUGCAAGGGGAACCAUUGGAUACAUGGCUCCCGAGCUAUUCUACAGAAAUGUUGGGACAAUAUCUUACAAAGCUGAUGUUUAUAGCUUUGGAAUGUUGUUAAUGGAGAUGGCAAGUAGAAGAAAGAACUUGAAUGCAUUGGCUGAUCACUCUAGCCAAAUAUAUUUCCCUUUUUGGAUUUAUGACCAGUUACAUGAUGGAAGGGAAGUAACAAUUGAGAAUGACACAGAUCAAGAGAUGAAAUUGGCAAAGAAAAUGAUGAUUGUGGCUUUGUGGUGUAUACAGACAAAACCUGAAGACCGUCCUUCUAUGAUUAAAGUGAUGGAGAUGCUUGAAGAAGAAGAUGAAGAUAUGCAAAUUCCUAAUAAGCCUUACUUUUGCCUACAAGAUCAACAUUGCAGAUGAUAAUAUUGGCAGGUCGUGGACUUCAUAUGAUACAAGAGUAAGUGAUCCCAAGGAACCAACCUGAUCUCAUUUAGUUUUCAAAUCAAUUACAUGUUUAUAUGUAUCUAGUUUGUUGGUUCUAAGGAUUGGAUAAAUAUAUAUUAAAGGGAUGUAAUACAAUAUAUGCAUGAAUGUUUAGUAAAUAAGUAUUUUCUCUUCUUAAUUAUUAGUAAUGAUGAUAGAAAU